UUUCCCUUUGAACAACACGACCAGAGCUGUACUGUUUUACGUUGGCUCCUUUCUGAAGGCUGUAGGACGAGCGAUCAUGACUAACGCUAUGGCUGUGCCUUCCCUGCUUAUAAAUAGCUCUAAGCGAGAGUGGAAGCCUUUGGAGGACCAUAGCUGCACAGAUGUACCAUGGCUGCUCUUAUUCAUCCUCUUCUGCAUAGGAAUGGGUUUUAUCUGUGGCUUUUCAAUAGCUACAGGAGCAGCUGCAAGACUGCUUUCAGGAUAUGACAGUUAUGGAAAUAUUUGUGGACAGAAAAAUGUCAAGGUGGAGGGAAUAAGCAACAGUGGUCUGGACCUCACACACAAGAAGUAUGUGUUCUUCUUGGAUCCAUGCAACAUUGAUCUAGUACAUCAGAGGAUCAAGUCUCUUGCUUUGUGUGUAUCAGCUUGCCCAAGGAAAGAACUAAAAACUCUGGCUGAUAUUCAGAAAUUUGCCGAAACUAAUGGAUCCAGUCUGUGUAGCUAUGAACUACAGCCAUCUGAAUACACUACAGACCCAAGGGCUGCCAAGUUAUGUCCUAAAUAUCCUGUUCCAGAGAGUGCACCUAUUCCAUUCUUCCAUCGCUGUGCUCCUGUGAACAUUUCCUGCUAUGCCAAGUUUGCAGAGGCCCUGAUCACCUUUGUCAGUGACAGUAGUGUCUUACACAGGCUGAUUAGUGGAGUUAUGACCAGCAAAGAGAUUAUAAUGGGACUUUGCUUGUUAUCACUAGUGUUGUCCAUGAUUUUGAUGGUUAUAAUCAGGUACAUUUCAAGAGUACUUGUCUGGAUUUUGACAAUUAUUGUCAUUCUGGGAUCACUCGGUGGUACAGGAGUCCUUUGGUGGCUUUAUGCUAAGCAACGAGUGUCUGCUAGUGCUGUUGAGACUCAAAUAGCCAAAGACAAUCUUCAGGCUCUUCUGAUCUAUGCUAUUUCAGCUACAGUCUUCACGGUUAUCUUGUUCUUGAUAAUGUUAAUUAUGCGCAAACGAGUAGCUCUCACCAUUGCCUUGUUCCACGUGGCCGGCAAGGUCUUCAUUCACCUGCCGCUGCUAGUCUUCCAGCCAUUUUGGACAUUCUUUGUGCUUAUCCUCUUCUGGACAUACUGGAUCACAGUCCUGCUCUUCCUUGGUACUACAGGUAGCCCUGUCCCAAACGAAGAAGGAUUUGUUGAAUUUCGGAUGGUAGGCCCCUUGAAAUACAUGUGGUGGUACCAUGUAGUGGGACUGAUCUGGAUCAGCGAGUUUAUCCUGGCCUGUCAGCAGAUGACAGUAGCAGGGGCUGUUGUGACCUACUAUUUCACAAGGGAGAAAAGGAAUCUGCCAUUUACGCCUAUUCUGGCAUCUGUCAAUCGCCUUGUUUGUUACCACCUAGGAACGGUGGCAAAGGGGUCUUUCAUUAUCACACUAGUGAAGAUACCACGAAUGAUUCUUAUGUAUAUUCAUACACAACUCAAAGGAAAAGAAAAUGCUUGUGCUCGCUGUAUGCUCAAAGCCUGCAUCUGCUGCCUUUGGUGUCUAGAAAAGUGCCUGACCUACUUAAAUCAGAACGCAUAUACAGCCACAGCUAUCAACAGCACCAACUUCUGCACCUCAGCAAAGGAUGCCUUUGUUAUUCUAGUGGAAAAUGCUUUGCGAGUGGCUGCCAUAAACACAGUUGGGGAUUUUAUGCUGUUUCUAGGAAAGGUCCUGAUAGUCUGCAGUACAGGUUUGGCUGGGAUUAUGUUGCUGAAUUACCAACGAGAUUACACCAUCUGGGUGCUGCCGCUCAUCAUUGUCUGCCUCUUUGCAUUCCUGGUUGCUCACUGCUUCCUUUCCAUUUAUGAAAUGGUUGUUGAUGUCCUUUUCUUAUGUUUUGCCAUCGAUACAAAAUACAAUGAUGGGAGCCCUGGGAGGGAAUUCUACAUGGAUAAAGUUCUCAUGGAGUUUGUGGAGAAUAGUAGGAAAUCUAUGAAAGAAGCUGGCCGGGGAGGUGGAGCUGAGAGCAGAGAGCUAAAACCAAUGGCCUCUGGAGCAAGUUCAUCUUGAAACUAGCCAGCCAUAUUGGAACCCAUUGACAUUCCAAAACAGUAUAUAUAUACAUAUAUACAUACAUAUAUAUAUAUAUAUAAAUAAACAGCCAAAAUCAGAGAAAAGGAACAGGGAUUUAAUACUUUUUUUAACAAUUAUUUUUGUGAAACAUGUACUCUUUUCAUACGGGUGGCUUUUACAAGCAGCUUUAUCAUUGUUCCAUUUUUUUAAUUAUUCAUUGUGGUCAUGGAAAAGUUGAUUCUUACCUGCUUGAUACUUUACAAUCUGGAGGAGGUAUCAUUGUAAAGAUAAUUUGACAUGAUGACUGGGUUUAGAGACAGAUUUCCCAUGACACUGCUAAUCUGCUGAGAGUUUUACUUGUUUAGUUUGUUUAAAUUUGCAUUAAAUUCAGGACAGCUACAUGUUAGGAAAACCUUCAAAUCAAGAGAAGUCUCAAAUUUAAUUUUUCAAAAGGUGGUUUCAGUGAGAAUUUAUUCAGUUUGAAUGAAGCAGUCAUUUUACUUUACAGCCCUGGUGGGGCACAGUUUUGUUUAUCAGUAUCAGAUAUCACAAUAACCAACUCCUCAGGUAUUCAGGUGUGUGGGAGCCCUUGCAUCUCCUAUUAAACAGAGACUAGAAAAUGGGGACAGAUAAUUUUUAUAUGCAAUUAGCUUCCUGUUUUACCCCACUUACCCCUCUUACCCAUUGCCCGCUAUCCUCCCCUUGAGUUCAGUAGCCUCCUUCACACUUCAGCAGUGCUCCUUCGAAGGGUAUGGAUUCUCCAUCUGAGCAAUUGAAAUAACAGAUUGUUAAAGCUCAGUCUUAGCCAUACUCAUGAUUAAUUCAUGACUAGAUGUAACGAUGCUGAGGAUGGGAAGAGAAAUGAACUGUACUGGUGUACAAAAAAAGUACUGUAUGCUUCAUUUCAUUUAAUGCUGGAGAGCUUUGGGAGGUGAAAGGGACCAUUCCUUGCUUGUUGUUUCAUCCAUAUUUGUAUGUACUGUAGUGGGUGGCUAAAGCAGGAAAGGGCAGAGAAACAUUUCUUUGGAAGUGUAACUGCCAGGAUAGUUAUCUAAAGUUAUCAAAUAACAGCAAAAGAACGUGUGUUUUUAUCGUUGUUCUUAGAUAUUUACAUUUCUUUUCAGUCUGGAAGUUCACUAGAUAUGAAUACUAAUAUUCAAUUCUUCAGCAUAUUGUAAUGGUAAAUGCUUAAAAGUGUAUUUGCUAAGAAUUCAUGAUCUGUCUAUGCUAUAUACUCCUUUUGUUACAAUUUUUUUAAGAAAACUAUUUUUGUUAAUGUAAAGUUAAUAUUUCAGAGCAGAAUUUUUAAACUUAUUGCACUAAAUAUAAGCUCUGUACAAAUAAAUAAUGCCUCAAUUGUUCGAUCACUCCAUUCAAGAAAAUGUUUUGAAAGAGAGAAGUCCUUCUACAGAAGCUUUGCGAUGGAGUGGAGAGGUAUGUCUAGGUAGAGACAUGCACAACUCGUGUUACCAAGGCUUAAUAAGUAAGCAGUUCUCUGUGCUUCCUUUCAGAGGAUCGGGCUUUUAAAUUGCUGUUGAAAGUUGUUGGUUUUUUUUUAAAAAAAAAGUAGUAUCAUGUAGCUAACCAGUGCUCUUACCUUUUGGCAAUAGUGAAAUACUUCACUUUUGCUUCUAGAAGUCAUUUGAUAAAUUUGUUUAGUUUUCUUUUGGAAGCCAAUUAAAAGGAUUUACUCUUCUCAUAUCACAGAACCCAAACAGCAUGAAAUAUAAGAAAAUAAAAAUACGUUUAGAAAUUAUAGCUGCUGGGGUGGCAGGGAGACAGGACUAUCCAGUCCUGCAAGCACUUAGAUGCUCACUUAAGGGAACCGUAUCAGUGUCUCCACUAAGAUCAGAAGGGCUCUCUGGGGGAAUUAUAAGUUACACAUCUUAGAGUGUAAGCGCUAAAUGCACUAGAGCUUCAACCUAGGGGUUUAAAAUGGAGCACUGGCGAGGCCUCCUAGUGCAAGUUAGAGGUCAGACUAUCUAGGACAAGAUCUGGAGCAGCCUUAGGUUUUGUGGAGAAGAGGCAUUCCUGCUCUACCAGUGGCUAAGACAGCAGUAGCGCUGAACACCAGUAUUUGUGUAGAUCAGUGGGUCUUAGCAACAGAAAUUUAAACACUGGCUCAGAUGAAUGCUAGAAACCGGAUUCCAAGGCUAAGAGAUUUACCACAUACGCAGUUGCUUCCAGAGAAAUUAAUUUCCAUCUUAUUUGGAAGUUAUUGAAGGUGCUUUGAUUGAAGCUGUGGAUUCACAUUUUGACAACAAAUUUCUGCCAUGACCAGUCCAGCAAGUUCGUGUUCUCUGCUCACUGGAAGUCCUGGGUGGGGGCUUUUCUUUGCAAUUGCAACUAGGGCUGCAAUUGGAAACAAAUUUUGUAUUUUUGUAUGACUUGACUGUGCACCAUUUUUAUAGCAGUAUAUCCUGUUCUAAAAAGAAAUUUGUUUUAUUUACAUGGUGUUUAAAAGAUACAGGCGACACUUUUCUAUGGGUAGUUGUAAUGUUUAAGUGACAAAUCUAUAUCAUUAUAAAAUUCUUAAUAAAACUGUGUGCAGCAUUCUUGCGUCUAUAUCCGGCAUGCAGAGCUUUUCAGUCAUGCCAAAGAGGCAUUCCGUCCACCUGCAGGCUUUCCAGUGGCUAUUUUGAAUGUCGUUUGAAGUUUGUUUGCCACCAGACUACAACCUGCCCUCUUCCAGCUCUGUCUUGUGCAAGGAGAUAAGCAGAAGGCUGACACCUGAAGAGAUGAACUUUUCGGGAGAAAUUUAGACUCUGCUUUUUUUUCCCGAGCGGGGAUAGUAGAGUAAGGGAACACUUGACAUGUAAAUCCCCAGUUGGCAGUAGAGGUGCUGGGAUCUACCAGUUGUGAUGGAUUAUUUUUUUUUCCAGCUGGCUAUUAAAGCCAGUAUAUGGACUGCUUUGUGGGAGGCAGUCUAGACUAACCAGAGAGUGGUGCUCCACUGGGAAUAACACUGCAGGAGGAGCAGGUGAGACAGCUAAGAUAGAGAAAUCAACCUAAUGGAAAGUCCACUGAACCAAGCAGUGCUGGAGGAGUGGAGAUUCAGGCUGGACACUUGGGGUUUAAAAACCAAGCCAGUGGGAUCGCUGGUUCCCAGCAUUUGGUUUCUGCAGAUGGUCUGCAUCACAGUCUUUGAUCAGCUAGGUUUCAAAAGAAAAAAAAAGCAUGCUGUAUUUUCAUUUGUUUAAAUCUUUUCUACAUCAUUUUAUUCUCUGUUCCGUUUGGAAGCUGAACAGCAGUGUGACAUCUUUUUUUGCGUCUUCCAGCCCUAGAGAUUUUUUUUGGUUCUUUUAGCUCUCAUUUCUGUAUUGCUCUUUCAGCAAAGGAGUGCCAAGUGGCAGAGUGUCAGCUCCCCUUUGUCCCACCGAUCUUAGCACAUGCCUUCUCACUUUCCUGAGGCAAUGAUUCAGGAUAUCACCCGGACUGAAUGGGAGGGUGAGUAGGUGCUGAGCUGAAGUUCUGAGGUGGGUUUUUUUGUAUGAUACCACUCCAUCACUGUGCUUGCUGUGGUUAGAAGUGUAGCCCAUCACUUCUACGGUUUCAGUGCUGCUCCACAGCUAGAGUAAUUACAUGGUAUGGCAAGCUUAGAAUUGCAUCUUCAGCCUUCCAGUAGCUUGUGUUCACGCUCCCAGCUGCCAAAACCAGGACUGGGUUUUACGUGUGGCCUUAGCUUGGCAUGGUAGCCCAAGGACUUUAUCCUAGAAGGGAGAACUUAAAGGGCAAGACCCAGUUUCAGGUUGUGGUGGGUUGACCCUGACUGGCAGGUGAGCCCCCUACUCUGUUGCUUGCUCACAUUCCCCAGCAGGACACAAGAAAGCACUGGAAAAGCAAAAGCAAGAAAACUUACAUGUCGAGAUGAAGACACAUUAGUUCAUUAAGUAAAGGGAGGGGGAAAAAAGAAACCCAAGUGAUGCAAAGGCAAUCACCCACCACCUUCCACCAGCAGGCCAGUGCCCAGCCAGUCUCUGAGCAAUGGCUGCUCUGGAAAACUUCACCCUCCUUCCUCCCUCCCCACUUCCAAUUUUAUUGCUAAGCAAGACGUUAUAUGGUAUGGAGUAUCUCUUCAGUCCGUUCAGGUCAGCUGUCCUGGCUGCCUGCCCUCCCCCCUUCUUGCCCAACCCCAGCCUGCCCCGCCGGGGCGGCAGAGCGAGAGGCCCUGACCCGGUGUCAGCACUGCGCAGCAACAGGUACAACACGGUUCUGUUACCAACAGAUUUGGUCACAAAUCUGAAAAAACGGCGCCAUACGGGCUGCUGUGAAGAAAAUUAACCCCAUCCCAGCCUAACCCAGUACACAGGUCCGCUUACCCAAGAGUUGAUCCAAGACUCUCUCCCUGCGUUUCUGUACAGCACCUUCUCAGGGUGGUUACUUCUUUCUGAAAGGGCUUUUUCAGCAGCAGGCAAUUAGUCUGCUCCACAGUGCUCCCUUUCAUGGAGGGAGCAGGGGAUGCUAGCUCUUACUCUUUCAGCACAAAAUGGGGAUAUAAAGCAGAAAUGAGCCCUUUCUGUAUCAGUGUUCUGGCAAUUGAGCAGCCAGUGUUGGAGACAACAUAUUUAAUGUGCCCUCAGGGCAUGCACUUUAGUGGUUUGCUCUGAGUGGUUAUGAUGUAUUCUAUGAAUGUAUGUUAUAGAGUCAGAAUAAAAUGCAUGUAGCAGACAUAUACUCAUCAUCACCAUCCAGUGAUCAUUUGAGUGCAUAUUACAUGCUGUAUUUAACAUGGCACUGUCAUUUUAAGAAAAACUCUUUAAGAUUUAAAAGUAGAUACCUAAGAGCAUCCUUGUUUUUUAAAUCAUGGCUUUGCCUGUGCAGAUAAUGUUUACUAAACCUAAGCAUCACAACUCCAUCGUUUCUUGAACGGUUUUUGUGUCACAUCACCACAGAAAUCGUAUUUCAUCUUUGUGGAAAAAAACCCUCGUGUUUCCCAAAACAGAACCCAACAAACUUAUUUGAAGCUUUCUUGCACUCGGCUUGUUUGUUGGGAUGAUGGAAGUUUACUCUAAAUUAUACUUCAUUUUUGAAUACUCUUUCAACUAUUUCAUCUCUGCUGUUAUUUCAUCACAUAACAAGAGACUAUGGAGACUAGUAAAUUAGUAUUUCUUGUGUUCUGUAGCAAAUACUGUUCUCGAGGUAUUUUUUUUCUUUUAUAUUUAGAGAGAUGAGAGAAGAGAUGAAAACUUGUCUCUUGUGAUGUGGGUCAUGUAUAAAAGGCAGAAUUUCUGGUCUGGGAUGGAGCUGUGAUGUGUCUUGCAGUGUUCUGCAAGCUGAUGCAAUCAAGCCAAAGCUCUUCAGAGACAUUAGGAUUAUGAAAAUAUUUAUAGGGAAAAUAGGUAGCAUGAAUUCAUCUAAAAAUAUCCAUUUGGAGGCUAAACUACCUGGCAUUCAUUUGACAGAGAUCAGUUAAAACAGAACUAGCAGAAAACCAGCAGACACCAUCAGAUUCUGCUCCCCUGCUCACUGAAGUGGUCAAGGGUUGUGUGAAUAUCACGAGCAGAAUUUGGUGUUUUAAGUGUUUGGUACUUUUCUGUGGAAACGUGGGACUCCCCUUAGAACCAAAGCUGCAAGGUUUGAGAGGUGACUUUAGCAGAACUAGCCUAAUUUCAGUAACUUUAAAGACAGCUCUGGCCUCUCUAAAUCUGUGAUGGAAGUUGCUGGCAGCAUAGCUGGCUGCCAUUCCUCAAGUGCACCGCCGCUCCCUUUUGGCUUGAGUGAAACAGGGGCAGCCAGGGAGGAUGUCAGAGAGGUUUUGUGAGAUCAGGAAGCUGAGUCCUCCUGAAACCCAGCAGAAGUUGGGCACUGACUGUAUGGAGUUCCCACAGUGUCAUGGUUUUUAACUCUCAAAUAAGUACUGCAUGUGCUCCAGUGUUAGUAUUGGUUGGGUCAUUCCCUGCUCACAUUGAAAAGGGAGAGUAUCUCUUAUUAGAAAACCGGUGCUGCCGUCAUUGAGGCAGUGUCUCCUAGGGCAGAGGCAGGAGAAAACAGAAAGGUGUCUUUGUUUCCAAUGUAGGCCAGAAAGCAGCUGCCAGAGGUUAGGUGGAGCCAUGGAGAGCAGGAUUUCACAGGUAGAAAAUAUUCCACAGGAUCUUCACAGUAGUUAAAAAAAUGAACAUUCCGAUUCACAGACAUCUCACAGCCACAUCCCCUCUGCCCUGCUUUUAUUUUGCUCUGGAGCUCUCCAGAGCAAGAAAGAAGGUGAAAUCCUACACGUAUAGAAAGGAAUUAGUUCUAUAUAGUGAAUUACGUUGCUGAUUAUAGCAACUACCUUAAGGAAAAAGGAGAAUCUUCUGAACAGAUUUUAAAGGCUUGACAGUACUUACAUUGUCAUAGUCCAUCAAAGCUUCAUCUGGAAACAAAUUUUUCAUCCUCUUUCACUCAUACUUCUAACAGGGCAGUCAAACCCCUGAACUGGUUUAGUGAUUUACAUUGAAUCAAGAUCAACUGACAAGUGCUCCUUUUUCCAGUGGAAUGCCACCUCCUUUGGGAAUGGGAAAAGUAAAUGUGACACUGUUUAUUGUUGUCUGAGAACUUGAAAUGUUUUAUACUGCAAGCUGUGAAUGCAGGAAGAGAAGGGAAAUUAACAGUGCUGAUCUAAUCUUAGAUUUUCUGUGUAAACUGACAUUGUGCCAGAAUACUGAUGCAAAACUGUAUUUUAGUCUAAGAAAUGUAUAGAUUUUUUAAUGUAUCGAAAUAAAGGUUUUCUUUUUAAGUAAGAA